AAUGCCUUCACAAGAGAAGCAUCAUUAUUAUUCAUGUAUCAGUGGCCAUGGAAGGAAUAAAAUACCAAAGUGUAGAUAACUCAGUCGAAAGCUCUGCAACUUGGAGACAAACUUCACGAAAAGACGGUUCUAUUCGCUUGAAUGAAAUGUUGCACACCGAUGAUACAUCGAAAGUAUCUAAUGACAAGAGUGAGGAGAUACUCCUCGAGAGCAAACCCAGAGACAACGAAAACCCUCCUGAUAAUGGUACGUUUGCUAUGCUGACGAAUGAUGACAUUGACGAGCAUAUCAAUGAUGACAUCCUGGCAAAUGAAGAAAAUGCAUCGAUUAAAGAUGAGACGAAGUUGGAUGGAACUGUUCAUCAUAUGAGUCAACCUGAGAAGAAAGGGAAAUUAGCCAUUACAUUUCUUCUAUAUCUAGCAGUUGCUGUGGUGGGCAUGGUGGCAACCGUAAUUGGACCGACCUUACUUGACCUAAAAGACCAAUUGGGAGUCGGAAAUGCUGAGAUGUCAUUGUCAUUCGCCUUUUACUCGGGAGGUUACGCACUCGGGGGUCUUAUAGCAGGAUUCAUGGCGAGCAAAUACGACGUUGACCCGAUUUUGCAACUUGCAUUGUUUUUGGGCAUGGGUGCAGGAUUCACAAUAGCAAUACCUUGGCUUGGCAAUAUCUGGGCCGUGCUGGUGUUUUUCAGCUUAAAUGGUACAUCAUUUGGAGUAAUUGAAACAGUAAGCAGUGCUCUAUUGAUAAAAAUUUGGAGUCCCAAUUCUGGGCCAUAUAUCCAAGUUUUUAGCUUAUCGUACAGUGUUGGAAACACGUUGACGUCCUUGGUAGCCAGACCAUUUGUAUCGGAGAUAGGCCUAUCAAAGUUUAACAUAAAAAAUAACCAUUCAGAUAUGACUAAUAUCUCACUGACUGUAUCGGAACGUUUCGGGAAGAGAAGUCAUACAUAUGGACAACAAACGCCGAAAGAGUAUGGAUUCGAGAAUGAAGGAAAUAUGACAGAUCUUAGUUUAUCAGGAACUGGGCUAUCCAAUUUGAAGGAAUCAGACAUCGGAUUUGUAUAUCUCAUAAUUGGAUUACUGAGUGCCGCAGUCGGACUUUGUUUUUUGAUAUUAUACAUACUUACAAAAACGACAUGUACAUUCAAUAGUUGUUUUAAUAACAGCACUAGCGCUACCAAAACCACAAAUUAUAAAGAAAUUGACGAUCCAAGUAAUACUAUAAAUGAUAUAACUUAUGCCCCUUUUGCUAAAUGUUACAAAUUCCAACUCUUGGCCACGUUAUUGUUAAUGUAUUUCUUGUUUGCAAUACUUCUUAUGACGGGAGGUGGACUUGUUAUGACAUUUGCCGUCGAGGGGUUAAAAUGGCCGAAAUCCCAAGGAACUGCUAUCAUUGCAGCAUACUGGGGUGCUCAAAUAUUUUCCAAGUUACCUUCCAUUGUAAUUUUGGCAUCUAAAAUACUGAGUGUCAAUCAGGUGAUUGUGAUUGAUCUUACACUUUUAGCAUGUUCUUACGCUGUGAUGGUUAUUUUUGUUCAAAAACAUUACAUUGUCAUAUGGGUAACUUUGUUGACGGCAGGUUUA